GGCUGCCAGCCUUUUCCCUCAGCCGCACCAUCAACAAAUCAUCAUGAACGGCGCCCACUAUCGACAGCCCUGCCCAGUCAAAGCUUCUUGAUCCUUUCCAAAACAGAACGGAGAGAACUUUACCCGUAAGGCAAGCGGAGCAUUGUGUUCUUCAAGGGUCUGGCCCGUUGAGAAAGCCACAGAAUCUUAAAGGGGACUAAUCAUACGCACGAGGCUGAAGUCUUCCGCAUGUAAAUACGCAUUCCCUCCCAAUCGAAGAAAUCUUCACGCAGGAUCUGCCAUUUUACUGAUCUCCAGGUCGCCAUGUUGUUCGCUGUUGUCCUCCUCCUCCUCGGAGUGAGUUCUGCUCAGCGUCCGCAGAACGCGACGAUUUGUGACUACUACGCCAUCGUCAACUAUGGCUCCAACUCAACUGCGACGCAGCUUAAGCUUAUGCAGUCGAUUUUGGCGCUCGCGUUUGGCGGAGCCGGGCCGCUCUCCAACGUCAACUCCAGCAUUACGGGAAUCUUCAACCCAGGGAAUUUUAUCGGAACCCCUGUUGAUCUCCAGCCUUGGUUCAACGGAGUGAAGGAUUCUACGAAUUUAAACAACCAAGCUGUGGGUAUUGAUUGGCUUGAUGGAGGAGGGACGGCUCCGUUGUAUGCGUUCUUGGCAGGCUCGACACCGAACCUCACGUUCACAAAUGGGUCGAAUGAAGCGAGGCUCUUCGCCCACUGGGAGUCGGCUUUCCAACACGUCUACGGCUGCACCCUCCCAGCGCCACAACCCCCGACCCCAGGCGGCUUCCUCGACCUAGCCUACGUGCACAAAUUCAUGGACCUCAACCACACAGACAUAGGCCACUUUAUCAACCAACUGACUCUCUCCUCGCAACACUUCGGAUUCUCCGACAACGAUGCCCAAUCAUUGAACACCCAAAUGAAUGCGCAAUUCAACGUACGUUGCGCGCCACCUUCCGGAACCCACCUCUAUUCUCUAUGUCAAGAUCCAUCCUGUCCCUUAGCAUUCCCGAGUCCAGAUUGUGCCCCUUACGAAAAUCUCGGCCCCAACGGAGUAGCAUCCAGCUCAGGAACAGGUCCCGCAUCAACAUCUCCCCCACAAUCAACAUCUUCCUCUCCCGCCUCCUCCUCCCCAGCUACACAAUCAUCCGCCGCCGCCGCCGCCACCCACGACUCAUCAAAGCUCAGCGCGGGCGGCAUUGCAGGAGCGUCCAUUGGCGGCGCCGCUGUCCUCUUCGCCUUCAUCGGCGGCAUCAUUUUCCUCCUCCGCCGAAAGCAGAGACCCGACCCCGCACUUUCUAACCCCUACGUCCCGAACCCCUCCAACGCCUCGUACCAGGCGCCAAGUUAUACAGAUCCACAUACGAGCUACAUGUCGAACCCCCAUCCGGACGAUGGGAAUCCGCAGGGCUACUGGCACUCGGCUGCAAACCAGGGCGGCAUGGGAGGCGGGGAAAUCGGUGGGCAGAUGAUUGCGGAGAUGGAGAGCCCGAAGAGCCCCGAGAUGGUGAGUCAGGCGCAUAUGAGCUCGCUGAGUGGGCGGACGAUGAGUCCGGGGCCGGGGAGUGGGGGGAUGAGUCCGCCGGGUGGGAGUCCGGGGCAGACGUACUUGACGCCGGGGCAGAUGAGUCCCGGAGGUGUGAGCCCGACGAGGAAGCCUGUGGGUGGUUAAGUGAGGGAAGGGGGGUAAGGGUUGGCAUUGGGAGCGGUGUAUAUAAAUAGCAUUCUUUCCUUUUGGAAAUGAAAUAAGUUAAUGGCGUCGUUAUUGUUCAGCUUUUGUGAGUUAAUAGAAAUAAGUUCAAAUCGGGUGAUUGACUUGGGAUUGG